CACUUUCCAGCUCCGGCAGCACCGACAGACCCGCUCUGCCCCUCCAGGACCGAUCAACGCCCAGAGUCUCCGGGAUAAAUCUCUAUCUGAAGUUCUCCUUCCAUUUCCUGUUGGCUCUUCUUUCCGCCGUCCUAGCGGAAGCAGCAGCAGCACUGAUUCCUCGGCUGGCGUCGCACGGAGCGAAGGAUUCAACUUACACGAACCCGCAGACAUUUUGUUAUUUCUGAGAAUUAGACUCGUUUCUUUCUCCUCGUCGCCGCGGAGCGAAGUGGGAGCGAGUGAAGGGCCGCGACAAGAAGAAGAAGAAGCCAUUACCGAGCCAACUGUAGCCCGGACGUGUCGAGGCGGAAAAACAGCGAUGAAUCAUUCUGACGGACAGCGUCUGAAGAACUAGCUGAAGAAGCAGAGAGGACACAGUCCACACAGGGGGACAGACACCGCUCGACUCUCCUCCAUCACCCACACGACACCCACAGCCCUUCUCUUCUAACCCUCCGCCUAGAGUCUAGUUCCUUUGAUUCCGGUGUGUUAGUCCGGGGGUCGCUGGGUCGCUAGCUACAGAGUAAGCUAGUCCGCCGGGCUAACGCUGGCCAGCUCCUGGUGAAGUCGGGCUAGCUGUGGACAAAGGAGCACCGCGAGGUGAAGAAUCACAAACACAGGGCACACAGUUGAUCGUGUUUAGGAAGGAGAGCAACAAACAAGGGACUGACAUGAUGUUUCCACAAUCCAGACACUCAGCUUCAUCGCAGCAGCUGAAAUUCACAACCUCCGACUCCUGUGACAGGAUCAAGGAUGAGUUCCAGUUCCUCCAAGCACAAUACCACAGUUUGAAGCUUGAGUGUGACAAGUUGGCCAGUGAGAAGUCAGAGAUGCAGCGCCAUUAUAUCAUGUACUACGAGAUGUCCUAUGGGCUCAAUAUUGAGAUGCACAAACAGGCUGAGAUAGUGAAGAGAUUGAAUGGGAUCUGUGCACAAGUCCUCCCCUACCUGUCUCAGGAGCACCAGCAGCAGGUUCUGGCAGCCAUAGAGAGGGCCAAGCAGGUCACCCCUCCAGAGAUGAACUCCAUCAUAAGGCAGCAGCUCCAGGCUCACCAGCUGUCACAGCUCCAGGGCCUGGCCCUACCCAUGACCCCCCUGCCUCUGGGCCUGAGCCAGCCAUCCCUCCCCGCUGUCACCACCUCCUCCGGUCUCUUCUCCCUCUCCUCCCUGCUGGCCUCCCAAGCCCAGCUGGCCAAGGAGGAGAAAGCGUCACGCGAAGGAGUCGACAGCCACCGCGAGGAGGACGGAGACAAGUCUGAUUAGAUGGUUUCCAGUUCAGCUCUGUUUCUAUCCAGAGACCUGAAUCCAGAGAUCCGAGCCCCCUUGGCCUACAGUCGCUCUCCUGGUCUCCCUCUAUCUGACCUUAGCUAUCAUUGGCUUUAAUCCCUUCACCAUUUACCAUUUACCUGGAUGUUUUUUAUCCUCCCUUCUCUCUAUCACAUCAGUGUCUCUUUCUUGUAUCCUGUGUCUUUUCCUCAAACACUCUCUUUUUUUUGUAUGUAAUACAACUUUGUUUCUACCAUGUUUUUUCUUUUUUAUCAGGACUACUUUCUAUUUUCGGUUGCUUCCUGCCGUCCUGUCGCUCUGUCUCAUGUUUAGUUUCAGGUUUUUUUUCACCAUCCCUCUCUUCCUGUCCCCCCUCCCCACCUCUUGCCUCUGCUCUGAGGGGGCUUGGACAGCACUGUCAGACAGGACUGAUCUGUGGGAAUGAACAUGCAGUCCUGUAGGUGUUAAGACAAGCUAAAUGUUAACCAGAGGGAUUCUUUGGCGAGUUGUAAAAACUGUCGCACACAUCCCAUCAUUCCUACAAAACUCACUUUCCUAAGAUAAGGUCUCACAUAGCUUAAUAGUGUGGAUUUUUUUUUUGUGGCAGCUCACAUUGCAUGCAUUUAUUCAAACCUAAAAUUGGCCUUGAGUUCAAAUUUGAUGGAUCAGAGAAUUGUUUGAAAAUUGCCUAAUGCCCGAGCGAUAAACCUGUUGUUUAGUUUCCUACAGCUACCGUCACAUUCUGACUAAAAUUGUUUUUAAUAAGAAACCUCCAGAAAAAUAGAGAUCGUUUAUAAUCCUGAAUUUAUAUGGAGAAAGGAAAAGCACCUUGUAAGAGCUAACCUCGUGCUGAGAGCUGUCAGUCUAGAUAAACCCACCUUAGUAAGUAAUCCCCCCCAUUUACGAUCCUCCUCGCCCGACCCUGUGAGGUACGUCAGAUCAAUCCGGCCAGCACCUUAAAUACAAGGCAACUUUUUUUUUAAUCAGACAUUAAAGAGAGCAGAGGUAGCAACACAAAUAACCGAGAUGCCACUCGUGCAACCGCCCCUCCACCGCCCCUUUCAUCUUUAAUGUGCACUAAUAUUAGAGCAGACACUUGCAGGGAGAGAGCGUGCAUGUUGUGUGUUUGACAGCAGAGGGCAGCGUGUGUCUUUGAAGAAGCGUCCUUCACGGGCUCAGGCUUGAGCUAAAAACAAGGACAGAGAGCAAGCUGUGUCACGAGGGGAACGGCUCAGUAACCCUCGCCGAGUGUACAAACUUAAUAAACAGAGACGAGACUGGAGACGUCAAAACUCUGCAUGCGGUCCGUCCCAGUCUCCGUCAUGAACCAGAUCUUGAGGAGUAGCCUUUGGUCUAUUUUAAGAAACAUCUGUGUCCUCCCACUAAGAUGGAAACAUUGUCCCUCUGUACAUUGAGAUUCACUCAGUGCGUUUUGAUUCACUUGAACACACAGGUCUGCCACGUGUUUGACGAACACGACAUUGCACAGGUGAUUUAACAUCUUAAUACGCCACUGAAAUCUCCAAGAUCUAACAAUUCAUAUCAGACAGAUGCAGCACUGCAAGCUUCUUCAGCUCAGUCAGUCUCACCCACCCUGCUCACCCACCCUGCUGUUUUCAUUUAUAAUGUUACUCCUUCUGAUUAGACCUCUCGUCAGGGGGAAGUUGAAAGUGUCUACAUGAACACGCUGCCGAACUUGCUGCCGAUACUCAUUUGAGUAUGGCACCACUGUAAAAAUGAUAUGAGGCCAUACAUUAGGUUUACGGAGUCCCCGGCUUGUGGACUUUGAAGCAUCUUCUUCCCUCACUUCCUGUCAUGUCUUCAAUGUCUGACUUAGAAGCAAAAAUUACCUAAAAGUGCUAAAUAAAUAUCCCACAACUUCAGAAUUCAGUGCUGACUGUAGAGAAGUUGCUCUUAAACAUUCGUCCAAAAGUAAACGAAUCAAAAAAGUUCCAAAGUAGUUUUUAGUGAAAUGAGGGUAAUUGUCGCCUUGUAAAUAAAACUUUUUCAAUUUGGUUGAAUCCAUUUUCCCCUGGUCAUCAUCACACACUGUAGUAACCCCACCUCCACAGUUUAAGAACCUCUCUAGAAAAACAACGGAGUAACCUGAGCUAUGUGAAUGAGGGAGUGAUUUCAGACAAUGCCUAUGUACUAUUGAAAUGAAUGCAAGUUGAAUUUACACAUGAUAGUGGAACGGAUUGUUGAUUCCCAUGUUUAUAAGUCAAGCUUUCAGUAAACAACAGAAGGACUGAAGAGUUGCGUGUUCUCUGUGAAGGUUACAAACACUGUGAAUUGACAACAUACCACUCUUUCCAUCACAUUUCAGUUUAAUUAUAAAGGGCUUUGGUUGACACGAGGCAUUUGGCUUUCAGGCACGAGUCUGAUGUAUUAAAGGUAAAUGUCACACACAUCAGUUUUCAGGGAAAAAGAGUCUUUCCCACUUUCUAAAACUUUAACACUGACGACAUGACGGCAUCAAAACAUGUGCAACAAAACUACUGGCGGUGUGACGGAGCGUAAUCUCCACAUCAUGUGAAACGGGGCAUUCAUUCAUACUUUAGUCAUGUGCACAAAGCCGUCAGCAGGUGAUACUCUGCAGAAAGACCAAUCUUUCAAUCGCCCUGUCCAGUCAGUGCUGACUUGAGACACAGAGUCACGUGAGGAGGUCUAAUCAGGCAACAUGAGUGGAAAAACACGGGUGCUUGGGCACCUGUGUAAAGAUCUUAAGAAGCUCUCCAGGAGCCAAGAUGGCGCCAUCACAUGUUUAAAAAGUUUGAAGCAGGAUGAAAUUCACCAACACAUAUUUCCAGCAGAGGAAUCCUUAGUGGUAUCGAACUUGUGGCACUGUCGGUCCACAGAGGUGGUCGGACUUAGUGGUGACCUGUGUUUGUAUGAUUGUUGAUUUGACAUUAUGUUUUACACAUACACACGCACACACACUUUCUCAGCCUCCCCUCUGUUUUAAUGGAUUAAGUGUGAGUGAAUGGAUAUGAAGAGUUUCAUUCUCAAACUUUUUACACAUGUUAAAACAAUCUCUGGAACAAUGAUGAAGCACAUUUUAUUGUUGACGUCACCUUAAAACUGCUGAUUUGUGUGCGAGUUUGACACAGUGGAAAUUCAGGAAGCAAAAAAACCAACAUCUCCAUAUAAAGGAAUCUCAGAAUGAAACCCUUUGUGUGUGUAAAAGUGUCUGUGGGACGAUCCUGCAGCUUUGUGUGCGCAUGUGAGCGAGGUGUGUGUGUGUGUGUAAACAGUUGUACAGGUUCGGCCGUCAGUGAUAAACCACAGGAAUGAAAUGCAUCGCUGUUCUUACAAACGCUUACAUGCUCGUGAAUUUAAACUUGCGGCACAUCGUCGUCCCAUCCAGCCACACGCUGUAUGUAUACAGCUACAUACUGUACUUGUCGUAGUGAUAUGCAGAGCAUGUAGACAAAGUGACACACACCCACACAUAAGUGCAUGUCUGGGGGGGAACUGAGAGUGAUUUCUUUCUAGUGGAGACAUUUUUUUUUAAAAGAAUGUUUGUUCCAGGUUAUUUCUGUGAUCAAUGCACUUGGUUUUUUCUUUCUGUUUUUUUGUUUUGUUUUUUAAAUCAGUUUUUCCUUUCUUUUUUUUUUAUUCGAUAUGAACUAGAACCAGAGUUACAAAGCUGACGUUAUAAACAUAGAAAUGAGAAUCUAUGUAUUUGUUAAGUAGUGGGAGGUGCUGGCCUCUGUAUACAGUUAUACAUAGAAAGCUUUAUGUGUAUAUGGCUGCAUCUUCUCUUGUCUGUCCUUGAUGAUUCUUGUGCUAUUGUGUUACAAACCUGAUGUGACACCAGGGGGGAAACAACUGCAGUACGUUGACCUUUUUUUGCCCUUUGACCUCUCUCCCCCUCUCUGAUCCCCCCCACCCAUCCCACCUCAUCCCCCUUUACUCCCGCGCCACAUUACCCCCCCCUCCCCAACCCAACUUUUUGCCCCCAUAGCGUGAAGCAUUGUAAGCGUUUUGAGCUUUGUAAAGGUCUUUUUUAAAUACUUAUUUUGUGUAUAAUGUAAAACCUGAAAGUGUGUACUUUGGCGGAAAAAAAAAAUGUUUUUGUGUCUGGAACCAUAGCUUCAUUUAAACAAAUAAACAACAACUACAACAAAAAGAAACUAUAAAAAAAAAAGUACAACAAACAUUUACUAUAAAUAAUAUGAAAUGUUCUGCAGUAAAGAAGGACUUCUUGUGCCUUACAAAUAAAGUCAAUCAAAUCAUAUAAGAAAC